AUGGAAGUUGAAAAAAUAUAUUGUACUCUAAAACUUCGUUCUUAUUCAUUGAGUGAUUGGAAUAAUGAUGUGCUUAUGAAAGAAGUUUAUUCUUAUCAUCUCAAUAAUCUAAAACAAUUAUAUCCUUUAGAUCAUAAAUUUAGCGAACGUGAACUAAAUGCAUGGAGAAUAAUGUUUCGCAAUAUAGGAUGUCAUGAUGUAACACCUUUUUUAAAACAGGAUUCAAAGUAUGAAUUUUGGACGAGAUCAUUGAAUCAUAAUAUUGAAAAAAAUGUAUUGAAACAGCUAUACGAAUUUGGCUUUUUGAUGUCACAACCAGUAAACUUUUAUGAUGUAUCCAACAUAUUUUGGAAUUGCUUUCAAGAAAGCCUAAUAACUAAUAAAAAAGGAGAUGAUGGAAAACAAAGGAUACUGUCUAUUAUAGCAAAUGAUUUCAAAUAUGAAGAACUUCAAAAGCAAUUAUCGGUUUCAAAUGAUUUGAUAUCAAAGGCACGUAUACACU